CUUAAUAUACAGCCCGCGCCUCGGGCUUGCAGCACAGCGGGAAGGUUGGAGCCGCAAAGCCCAGCUGUUUCAGGGUGGCAACCUAUCCUCCAGGUCCUGUUCUCGCGCCCCUCCCGCCGCAGCUGCCGGGUCGCUGUCUAGAAACCCAGCCUCGACACCAUGAGAGUCCCCCAGGCGUGCCUGCUCCUCUGGUUCCUGUUUGGUAGCAACUGCGAAGACAGCCAUGACCUUCAUCCAGUGUCUGGUGCAUCUAAAUGCAGCUGUCUGAAUGGAGGUACAUGCGUAUCCUACAAGUACUUCUCCAACAUUAAGCGAUGCAGCUGCCCAAGGAAAUUCCAGGGGGAACACUGUGAGAUAGAUACAUCGAAAACCUGCUAUCAGGGAAACGGUCACUCCUACCGAGGGAAGGCCAACACCGACAGCCUCGGCCGACCCUGCCUGGCCUGGAGCUCUGCCAAUGUCCUUCAGAAAACGUACCAUGCCCAGAGACCUGAUGCUCUUCAGCUGGGCCUGGGGAAACACAAUUACUGCAGGAACCCAGACAACCAGAGAAAGCCCUGGUGCUACGUGCAGGUUGGCCUAAAGCAGCUUGUCCAACAGUGUCGGGUGCAAGACUGCUCUGUUGAAAAAGGUACUUAUUCUCCACCUGAAAAAGAGUUUCAGUGUGGCCAGAAGGCUCUGAGGCCCCGCUUUAAGAUUGUCGGAGGAGAAUUCACCAACAUCGAGGACCAGCCUUGGUUUGCAGCCAUCUAUAAGAAGCACCGUGGAGGUUCUGUGACCUACCUGUGCGGUGGCAGCCUCAUCAGUCCUUGCUGGGUGGCCAGCGCCACACACUGCUUCUUUGGUGAUACAAGGAAGGACUACAUUGUCUACCUGGGUCGGUCACGUCUGAACUCCGUUACACCUGGGGAGAUGAAGUUUGAGGUGAAAAAGCUCAUCUUGCAUGAGGGCUAUAGCGCUGAUGGACUUGCUCACCACAAUGAUAUAGCCUUGCUGAAGAUCAGUUCCAACACGAGCCAGUGCGCACAGCCGUCCCGGUCCAUUCAGACCAUCUGCUUGCCCCCAGAGUCUCACGAUCCUAGUUUUGGCACAAGCUGUGAGAUCACUGGCUUUGGAAAAGAGAAUACCAAUGACUAUGUCUAUCCAGAGCGGCUGAAAAUGACUGUUGUGAAGUUGGUUUCCCACGAGAAGUGUCAGCAGCCCCACUACUACGGCUCUGAAGUCACCGACAAAAUGCUAUGUGCUGCUGACCCACAGUGGAAAACAGAUUCUUGCCAGGGAGACUCAGGGGGACCCCUGGUCUGCUCCAUCGAAGGCCGCCUGACUCUGACUGGGAUCGUGAGCUGGGGCCGUGACUGUGCCAUGAAGGACAAGCCUGGUGUCUACACAAGGGUCUCACGCUUCCUGUCCUGGAUCCGUACUAACACCCAGGAAGAGAAUAGCCUUGUCCUGUAAAUGGCCCCUAGGGAGCCACCCACUCCCAUGGUGACCAUCGUUUUUGCAGUAGGCCCAUCUGCCCUGGCUAUACGUAAGGAAGAGAUGGAAGAAGAUAGGCUCUGCAGAAAUGGUUUUGCUUGUGCUGCCCAUCAGGGUGAGCAGCAAUGGCUUUACCCUCAGUUAUAAGCCUGGGUGCUGGGCGCUCAGAUCCCCUCUGGCCAGGAUGGAGGGGUGGUCCUGAUCCAGGAUGGUACUGACCAGUGGUUUGUCUUUCUCUGGAUUAAAGUCUCCUGGAGAUACAAAUGGCAUCUCCUAUGCAUGGGAAGAAGAGGCAGCUUCCCCAACAGCUGGCGUACUGUUGGGAAAUGAAUAAUUUCCCAAUUAGGAAGUGUAACAGAACUGAAGUCUCUUGAGGGAGCUUGGCCAAUGUGGGAACAGUGGUUUGGGGAGUAGGGACACUAAUACCUUGAGGGAAGGGCUCUGACAUUCCGUGAAUGUAUCAGGAAAUAUUAUAUAUGCACAUAUAUGUUUGCACACUUGUGCACAGGCUAUGAGUAGUCAGUGUGAGUAAGAGCUGGUGCUCCUGCAUCUGACUGAAAGUCUGGAUAUUUCUCUAAACUCUAUGGACUAUGAUGUCACAUAGAAGUGUCUGUCAGGAGAGGUCAUGGGUCAUUCCUGGGGCCCUUGGGUCUCUCAUAUGAUGAUGCCUAUGGUUGUGUCAUUCUGGGGCAUGGCCCAUGACCAGCAAUAAAAUUCCAGUUUCACUUUCACACUCUUGGCCAGUUAUCCCUUCUGAUCUUCCAGCCAAGUCCAAGCACUCCUCACUAUGUGGGGGGAGAACCACUCCUGUACACUGAAUAUUUAAUAAUUAUAUUCUGCUAUUUUUAUUUAUAUCUAUUUUUGUAAUUUUGAAUAAAGAUGAUAAAUGUGA